CUUGGAGCCAAACCGCGCGCUCGCAACCUUCUGUGUUUUCUACUUCUGGUUGGCAAUUUUGGACCUCGCAUUCAAAAUUAUCUUCUGAGCUCAAGGCCUUUGAUACACUUCCCUCCUCAUGCUUUGUUCGCUUCAGCAAAAUGGGUGGCCCUAUCUUCGUCUCUCUUCAGAGAUUGCAUUGCAUAACUCCAUUGUCCCAAGCCUCGCCUUCUUCCUCCAGCAGCUAUCGCCCCGCCGUUAUUCUUCCUGGUUUAGGGAACAAUUCGGGUGACUACCAGAAGUUGGUUCAGACACUGAAUGACAAGUAUGGCGUCCCCACGGUGGUGGCUAAGGUAUCGAGGCUCGAUUGGCUAAGGAAUGCCGCUGGUUUGGUCGACCCCGACUAUUGGCGUGGCACUCUUAAACCUAGGCCUGUGCUGGACUGGUAUUUGGAGAGGGUUCAUGAUGCUGUUCAGGAUGCGAAGGAGCUGGCAGAAGGGGCGACUUUAUCCUUGAUUGGACACUCAGCAGGAGGAUGGCUUGCACGUGUCUACAUGGAAGAAUUUGGGAUGUCUCAGAUUUCCUUGUUGUUGACUCUCGGAACCCCUCACUUAGCACCUCCAAAGGGCACACCUGGGGUCAUUGAUCAAACACGAGGACUCCUGAAUUAUGUUGAGCAAAACUGCUCAAAAGCUGUUUACACCCCUCAAAUGAAGUAUGUUUGUAUUGCUGGAAGACUCUGCCAAAAAUAUCAAUAUAUUGAAGGGGCUCAGUUUUUUGGCCAGUCAAAUGCAAAGAUUGAGUCUGUGGCUCCCAUCAAUGGUUCUCAGCCAGUUCCUGAAGCUGCCGUUAUGAGUGCUUCAAGCAAUUCUCCACCUAUUACUACAACUUUUCGAACUCGCUUUGUUGGACAAGGGUACAAACAGGUUUGCGGGCAGGCGGAUGUAUGGGGUGAUGGUGUGGUGCCAGAAGUAUCAGCCCAUCUUGAGGGCGCACUCAACAUUAGCUUGGACGGAGUUUAUCACUCACCUGUUGGUUCAGAUGAUGAGUUGAGACCUUGGUAUGGUUCCCCUCCUAUUCUAGAGCAAUGGGUAGAACACCUUCUCAAUUAAAUUGGAGUGAUCAAUCAGCAUUUUGUUUAUACCCCUUAUUUUGUCUUUUAGAGUUUGUUAUUAACAGAAUACAAUGAUAUCGUAUGAUGAUUUAUGGAGAUUAUCUCACUUAAGGGUAGGAUAAAGUUUAUUAUUGUUGUACUUGGUAUUCUGAGCUGUAGGCUACACCGACUAUAAUCAAUUCAAGUGUAAAGUCAUGAACCCAGAAUUAAGAGUCUUUCUCGUUAUGCCAGGUGAAAAGAAAUUUCGUUGUCAAUUUUGUAGUGUCAUUUGUUUCAUAAUUAUCAAGGAUUUGGUUAUAUGUUAUUUA